AUGAGCUCCCUAUUGCAAUUUGAUUUCUCAUCCUCGCUGCUUGCUGCUGAUCCACCACCUGCUUUUCCGGGCACAGAGACGAUACCAGUGGAUGGUAAAAGAAUUGUGCUGUCCUCCGGUAAAGGUAUCACGCUCAAACCUCGCAAACCGAGACACGUCAUCUUAGGUAAUGAGAAAGAUCAAUCGGAGCUCAUAAACAUCCACAAACUCCUAUCCAAAUUAGAAAUAGAGGAGAAGGCUGCUGAACAGACAACUCGCCAGAAAUCUAGGUCUGCAGCAAACGACUCGAAACCGUCCACCUAUAAAUUAUGGACAGAGAAAUAUAGGCCUUCGGGCUUCUUGGACCUUGUUGGAAACGAAAGAACAAACAGACAAAUUCUCCAAUGGAUAAAUCAGUGGAACCAGGUUGUUUUCGGGAAACCGUGCACGGAAACGAAUGACUUUUACAACCGUCCAGAUAAACGAGUUUUACUAAUCCACGGUCCGCCCGGAAUUGGAAAGACUUCUAUCGCGCAUGUGAUAUCAAAGCAGCUGGGAUACGAAGCGCGUGAGAUAAAUGCCAGUGACGAGCGUGCUGGAACAACAGUCCAGGAUAAAAUAAAAAAUGCCAUGAAAAACAACUCACUAACAGGAAGUCCUGUAUGUCUAAUCCUGGAUGAAAUAGAUGGAGCUACGGAGCAUGGAUUUAUCAAUAUAUUGGUGGACCUGAUAAACAAAGACCGCCGUGAUACGGCUUGUCUGGGCCUUGAUACGAAGGGCAACAUACGAAGAGAUAUUUUAAAACGUCCCAUAAUUGCCCUAUGUAACGAUGUUUAUUCACCUGUGUUGGAGAAGCUCAGGCCACACUGUGAGACUAUUGCCUUUCGCAAAUCACAUCCACGUCUGAUCAAAUCAAAACUGAAGAAGAUCUCUCAACGAGAAGCCCUCAUUGUGGAUGACCGUGUCCUGGACGCGAUUAUAGAAUCUACCGAAGGCGAUUUGAGAAACUGCAUCAAUUUUCUACAGUUCAACUCAUCGGCAACUACUUUGAAUCUCGAAUCGAGCUCAAAGGACACCCAAAUAGGAUGGUUUGUUCUGCUGGACAGCAUCUUUGUCAGAAGUGCAAAAAUCAGCAAACAGGAACAGUUUCAGAAAGUGUUUCGAUCCCUUUCGUCCUCAUCACAGGUAGAGAGGGUGGCUACAGGAUGUUUUAACGUGAUGCUUGACACGGACACCGAUAUCAACACUUUAAGCGAAAUGUCGGACUGGUUGUACUUCCAAGACGCGCUUGGCACCAAAUUUUCCUCUUUUGAAGCCCAAGACCUCACAUUUUACCAAUCUGCAGUGCCAAUGAAGUUUUACCAGAAGUUUAAUGAAAUUAGCCAUUUGUCGGAAAAGAGGUACAAUUAUAGAACUCGUGACUGCUUUUUUGAUUUAAGAAAACAGACUGCUGAAACUCUCCAAAAGAUAAAGCAUCUGAAUCAAGCAGACAGUUUCAAAUUUGCUAAUCGUGAACAACUGGUGGGCUACGAGUUGAGCCUGCUCAACGCAAUACUAGUGCCUGACGUUCCGUUUAGACAGAUCGAGAUGGUAGGUGGAGGCGGCAAACUCUCUAGAAUAAUGGAGCUUAUGGAAGCAUACUCGUUGCGCAUCGACUUAUUAAAAAACGAGUAUGGAAACGCGACUGCUCAAAUGCGACCUGGAAUUCAUCUUUUUGGCAACCUUUCAGCGAAGCAGCAGCAAAUAUUGGUGAGAUUACACAAGGAGCUGCUCACAAAAUACAUUCAAGGCCAGGAGUUCAAGACAAUAGAUCGCAAGCGGAAGGCACCACGCGACAAAGAUCAAGUGGCCAAAAAGAGUAAUUGCAGCUCAAGUGUGGAAUACUUCAAGAGUAAGUACGCGGCUUUAACAGAUCAGUUAAGUCACGCAAAAAGCAGCAAACAGCACUCUACUGCAGUGAUGGGUCAAAAUGAGAACAGAAUUUGGGUUAAGUACCAUGAAGGCUUCUCGAACGCAGUCCGUCGUGAGAUAACAUGGGAGCACAUUUUCGCCGCACAAUAUGGGGCUUCAUAG